CUUCACCAACGCACAAAAUAUAACAUUCACUGCAAUAAUCUGCAAGGAUUUGCCAAAUCCUUGCACGGCCCCUUCUCUGAUGGCACCCACAGCAGUGGAACGCCACGUCAAUGGCGUGCAGACAAACGGUUUGCUGGGUCCUCAGACUCUUAUUCAGAUUUUAGAAAACGCCGCUCUCUCUGAAGAUGAAGCCAGAAAAGAAACAGGCCUGUGGCUAUACAAGCCGGAGACAGAUGGAACACUUCCUCUGCGAUGGACAUACAAAGAGUUGCUAUCAGAUGCAAAGAGCAAGGCCAAAAUCUUGUUGCAUUAUCUGGAAACUCAGUUCCCCGCAGAUACUUUAGCUGAGAAGCGGAAAAUUGUUCUUUUGCACUUCGACAAUCAUGUCGACGGUAUUGCCUGGUUUUGGGCAGUUGUAUCUGCCGGUUUAUUGCCUGCAAUUUCUCCGCCAUUGUCUGCCAAUGUGGCCCAGCAAGAGCAGCAUAUCCAGCAUUUGACAACCUUGUUGGAGACACCAGUGGUGUUGAGUACUGAUCGCCUAAUCAAACGCUACCCAGAACUCGGAUCCGGGUCGCUCACGGUUACCAUCGAGCAGUUACUCUCACAAGCUAGCAAUGUCGUUAUUGAUGAGCCCCAUAAUACUACCAAUGGGAAAUAUGAGGCACAGCCUCCUUCUGGAGAGGAGCCUGCUGUUUUGAUGUUGACAUCGGGAUCCACCGGAAAUGCCAAAGCUGUGGAGUUGACUGUUCCACAGCUCAUCGCAGCUGUGCGUGGCAAAUCCAAGGCCCUUCGCGUUUCAGAGAAUGCGCGCUUCCUUAACUGGAUUGGGCUGGAUCAUGUGGCUAACCUGGUCGAGAUCCACCUCUUGGCCAUGUACAACAAAGCAGACCAAGUGCAAAUGCAGGCGCACGAUGUCAUAUCAGACCCCAUUCUAUUUUUGAAAGCGAUCGAUACCCAUCGCGUUACGAAUACCUUUGCGCCGAACUUCUUCCUUGCCUUGCUCACUAAACGGCUAGCAAUCGCUGAAUCUGAAGCGUCAACUAUUACUGAUCUCGAUCUCUCGUGCCUUGAGACCGUUGUCUCCGGAGGUGAAGCGAAUUUAGUCGAGACUGCCAAAGUCCUAUGUGCACAAUUGGAAAAGCUGGGCGUUAGGAGGUCCGUGCUAUACGUUGCAUAUGGAUUGACAGAAUCUAGUGCAGGUCUCACCUACGGCCUCUUCGAUCCUGAAUAUGAGGAUCACGAAGAGCAUGAGUUUGCAUCGAUUGGAAAGUCCACUGUAGCAGCAAAAGUGCGUGUCUUCGGGGACGGAAAGGAAGCAGAGCCCUAUGAAAUCGGAGAACUUCAGUUAUCUGGCAAUGCCAUAUUUAAAAGCUAUUAUCGCGACCCAGAAGCAACCAAAAAAUCAUUCACGAGUGACGGUUGGUUCAUGACUGGAGACCGCGGAUACAUUGAUCGUAACGGAGGCCUUAAUAUUGCUGGCCGAAGCAAAGAGAUUCUCAUCAUCAACGGCGUUAACCGUGCACCUCAGGAUAUCGAAGCGGCAUUGGAGACGGCUAGCCUCGUCGGUGUUGUCUCAUCAUAUUUCGCGACCUUCUCUCACCGACCAAAGGGAAGCGAUACCGAAGGAUAUUGCGUUGUCUAUAGCCCCGAAAACACAUUCGAGGACCCUAAAAGACGCGAUGAGAUUGCCGAGUCUAUUGCACGAGCUGCAUCUGUCGUACCUGGCGUGCGUCCGGAAUGGCUCAUUCCGCUGCCUGUCUCGCGGUUAGAAAAAUCCUCACUAGGAAAGCUGUCGCGCACGCGGCUGAAGAAACAAUUCGAUCAAGGGGUCUUCGACGAUGUUCGUAUUCGCUCAAGAAUACCAAUACAGACAUACGUGCAUGCCAGCUACGUCGCCCCAUCCAAUAAGACUGAAACGAAAGUUGUCGAAGCAUUGAGCGAGAUGCUGGAGAUGCCGGCGAACUUGAUCUCCGUCGAUCGAACCAUCUUCGAAUUAGGCGUUACCUCCCUCACAUUAUUCCGGUUCGAGCAUUUACUACGCAAACACAUCUCUCUGGAUGUCGGAGUAUCAAUAAUCACUUUCCUCAACAGCCCGGUCAUCCGGGAUAUUGCAACGGCAAUUGACAAUGCCAAUUCGCAUGAAUACAACCCAGUGGCACAGUUGCAAGCGCGGGGAAGCAAACUGCCCCUCUGGCUCGUUCAUCCUGCAUCCGGAAACGUUCUUGCCUUUUUACCUCUGGCGCGUACCAUCGUUGAUCGUCCCCUAUAUGCUCUUACGGCGCGUGGACUGGGCAAUAAUGAGAAACUGUUCGACAGCAUCCCCGAAAUGGCCGAUACCUACUUUCAACAUGUCAAGCGUACCCAGCCCAAGGGACCUUAUGCCCUGACGGGGUAUUCGCUGGGCACAACGGUCGCGUUUGAACUAGCGAAAAGGCUUGAGGCGAAUGGAGAUGAAGUAGCCUUUUGCGCCGCAUUGGAUUCUCCGCCGCAUAUCAUCCCACUAGUUGGACCACUUGACUGGACGGCUGCUGCUAUCCGAGUUACCUAUUUCCUUGAACUGAUUGCGCAAGAUGACAUUCCCAAGUACGAGGUGGAAUUCAAAGGCCUCUCUCAAGUCGAAGUGGUUAACCGACUCCUGGAAGUCUCCUUCCCAGAACAACUUGCCAAACUCAAGCUUACAACGGCGCAAUUAAUGGCUAUAGUGCAUGUGACGGACAAUUUUGGCAAGAUGGGUAAAGUGUACCAGCCCGAGGGAACCGUGCGAAAGAUGGAUGUCUUCUAUUGUAUCCCGCUCAAAUCCGUCUGUCUGAACAAAGAGAAAUGGGUUGCGGAGCAUCUGGGCGCGUGGCAGGACUUCUCUCGUGAACCGAUCGAGGUGAUUGAAUGCGAAGGAGACCACGCCGAUAUGCUGAAUGCCGAAUAUGUGGAGGGCUUCGAACAACGCUUAUCAAAAGUGCUUGCUGCACGUGGAAUUUGAUUAGCACCAACGCCGAUGAUCAUUGACCAGUGGGAAGAAUAGUUUGUUUUAUUUUGAGUCUAGAGUAAUUGUUGAGAUACGGUGGGCGGAUUUUUUUGUUUAGCGUGCAUUUAUUGUUGUGAGAUUUAGAUAAUGCAACAUAGCAGGACUAGUUUCAUUUAACUCCAUCCUGUUUCUUUUGAUCUCGUAUUCAUGGC